AUGGCUACAGUCGAUCCGGACGUUCUAACACUUCAUAGAUGUCCAAUAUGCCGAAGAAAUUUAGUUGAGUUGUCGUUGGACUUGAGGCAGGAUCAUUUUAACCGUUGCAAAGACCCGAUAAAGGUUUUCAAGAAGCUGGAUACCAAAUUGAGCAAGGUCGACGUGAACUUUACCUGUCCAGUAUGCGCAGUGGAACUUAUUGUGGGCUCGGUAAGCUUUUUUUGUCGUUUUUGUUGGUUUAGGUAUCAAGCAUAAUCUAAUCUCUGCUGGGCUUUACUUUUUAUAGUGGUGGUCGCUAUAAAAAGUAAUUUAUUUGUGUUGAGGUGCUCUCUGUCACAUAAGAAGAAAAUGUAGCAGAAUAAAUCUGCUUUUAUGCAUCCAUUUUCUCUAUUGACAUCCAACUUUUAGGAAAGAUCGCGACAUGUUCGAGAUUGUGCCCAAAGAACCAACAUAGAGCUCUACAAAAUGAUGGAGAAGGUAGAUUACGAAGUUAAACAAGCCAGAGCGAGAGAAAGGCUUCGUGAACGACAGUGUGUGUAAGUAUUUUCUAUCAUCCAUCUUAUACAGGGUGUUUCAAGAAAUUCCCCGGAAAGCAAUCGUCGAUUUCUCGGCGCUCAGCCACGAUAUCCAAAAAAUUUUUUUUGCAGUAGAAAGAAGGUUAUGGGCGGUUUUUUGCCUAAAAAGAUUUUUUUCUACGCCGACGCGGAAUGUAGUGUAUUCGGCGAAGACUUUUGACCGCUUUUUUGGUCAUCACAUACAUCUUAAACGCUUUUUUGUGGUUUCUGAUGGCUGAAAUGCGGAUAAUUUACUGAUUUUUGUGCUUAUCAAGCGUUCGGCAAAGGUAUGGCAGCCGCUCGCCAUAUCUUAACUCAGAUACGGACCAGAAAUGGUCCAACACAAUUUUUAUUGUCUGGCAACUAGUUUCUGCGGGUAUCGUAUACCCUCCAAAAUUUUGUGGUCAAGCCUUGGCAGAUGUCUAGCCAUCACGGAACCACUUGGUGCACCAGAAAACAACAAAAAAAAAUUUGCUUAAAUUUCUCUUUGCCCUGCUGUUUCAAACAUUCGCGCAGUGGGCUCGACUUUAUCGAUAUUGCAGCGACUGUAUUGCACUGUGCAGUCGCUAAAUGGGAUCGCAUAGCGUUAUACCCUGCCUCCUGAUCCAUUGUGCAAAAAAUCUGAAGACUUUCCGGAUGCUGCAGUGUCACAGUAAAGCGUUUUAGAUAAGUGUGAUGGUCAAAAAAGCGGUCAAAAGUCUUCGCCGAAUACACUGCAUUCCGCGUCGGCGAAGAAAAAAAUCUUUUUAGGCAAAAAACCGCCCAUAACCUUCUUUCUACUGCAAAAAAAAUUUUUUGGAUAUCAUGGCUGAGCGCCGAGAAAUUGACGAUUGCUUUCCGGGGAAUUUCUUGAAACACCCUGUACUUUAGGCGUCCAACGAAUUUUGCCGUUCCUGCGAAACGCCCACGUCCCAGCGUGGAAAUUGCCGAUCAAACAGAUAGUAUCGACCUUUGUGAUGCUAGUUCUAGUCACGCUGAGAUGAAAAGGUGAGGGAAAUUGCUUUGUUUUGGAUGAUGUUGUACUAGACUGCUUUGUUUAUGAAAAAUAAUAAAAAAUCUUUAAUUUCAGUGAAGCUAUAAGCAAUAUAACUGCAAAAUCAAGAACCUCAAAGACGAUACGUCGCCCAGAACCUGUGCAGAGGGUUUGUCAAUGUCUGGUUUUGGAGAAAAUUCAAAAAAGAUUUGUCGAAAAAUUCGAAACCAUUCAAAUCCCAGAAAAGUCUCCGAAAACAAAUGAUCCUGCAGUCGAAUCCAUGGCACAAAAGGUAUUUAGAUUCCUUAUAAUGUAUUCUUACUUUAGUUGAAUCGUUUAGAAGCCUUGGCCAACUCAUUUCGACGGGCUUUUCUCUCGGGCGACGUGCAAAUUAUCACAAAAAAUGGAAAUAUUCGAGCGCAUUCCUUCAUUUUGACCUACAGAAGCCAUUUGAAACUGGAAGAUGGAAGUGUGCAGAUGAAUGCAAGAUUGUCGGAUGUCGAGGUCUGGCUGAGGUAUCUUUAUUCCGCUCAAAUCGACUGGUCGAAGAGUCAAAUUAAGGCUUUGAUGGAAAUUGCUGCCGAAUAUGGCCCUCCGGAACUUUUGCAUCUCCUCCAAAAUGGCCGUUAUAACUCGGAUAACUUGGAUAACAAUUGUAGAACGAAAGUUGAUCAAGGAAUUCAAUGCGGGACCAGUUAUAUUAUCCAUGAGAAGGUUGAUGAAGCAGUCCAAUGUGAUGGAUAUAUUGCAAAUUCGGACGUCUACGAUGACUAUUCAGAUGGCCGAGAGUUCAGCGAGAUCUUCAACAAUGCGAUUACGGAGGAAGAAGACGUGAUGAACUUGACUUUUCACGAAAAAAGUUUAUUUUUUGAAGCCGAAGAGGCCUCCAUGGACUCGACCGAAGAGCCCUAUAAAACCCGAUAUUGUUGUCCAGAAGACAGAGAUGCUAAUAGUAUGGAAAAUGGCCAAGAAAUUAGCGAUCCACACGUCUAUGCGGUCGAAAAUUCGGUAGAUGAUUAUAUUGUUCAUGUUGAGGAGGAAAAAAAUGAAAGAAAUGGUCAUAAAUCGAAGCGGAAAAGUGAUUGCGGAGAAUUUAAUAGCUCAGCAGAGCAAGAGGCUCUUCUGGAUGGAGUGGAUCGGCAGAAUUUGGGUUACUGUAACAAGGAAAAUAUCGAAAAUCCAGGAAAUCCUCGGGAAAUUGGACCAAAAUCGCCGGAAUCUGUGGUUUUCGUCGAGGAAAGAAGCCAUGACCUUGAAUUUGAUGUCAAACAAGAGCCAGUGGAUUACUGUAACAAUGAGGAGGUUGUAGAGCAAGGAAAUGCAGGGGAAUGUCCAGAAGAUGACUUGUUUUAUGAGGAAAUUCCUAUGGAAGAUAUCAAUUAUGAAGAGUUUAAUAUGCAAAAUCAUGUGGGGAAUGACAAUUUUGAAGUCAUCCAGGUAGAUAUUUGCUUUUGAUUGGAGUUUUGAUUGAUUUUUAGGCAAUUUUUGGUGUUUUGGGAUAUUAUACUAGACAAAACUGAUAUUUUUAGCUGGAUUCGACAAAAAUUUCAUCGAAAAGGAGGCCAGUAGGUCAUGAAGAAGCUGGAAGCAGCCGAAGGACCUCAAAUGACCCAGUGAACACCCCAAAAACUCGAAGAUCGACUAUAUCUACUAUGAAUCGACUUGAUUUUGAAGAGAACUUGGCGUAUGAUGUCGUGCAAAAAGAAAUUUCGCCAAGCACAAUGAGAACGAAGACGAUAGAACGCUAUCAAGUCAAAAAAUCGCAAGGAACCUCGAAGAAUGACGAUGAAAAUGAUUGUUUUAUCCAAGAGCAGGUCAUGGAUAAUAUAACAGAUCGGAGAACAGAGGCUGUAGAUAAGGGAAGGCAUGGAGAAUUGAGCGAGAACAGCUUCAAGACCCCAGAAACACGGCGAACGGCGGAAAUGGACGUGGAUUUGUUGUUGUCCAUGAAGAUUUUGAAGAAGAACAAUAUCACUCCAAUGCCGAAUUAUAAAGCCAUGUCGGAGAGUGAAUUGAAUGUAAGAAGGGGUAAUAAGGCAUGGGGUUUGAGAAUAUCAGGGUUAAAAGAGGCAUAGGGUUGAUUAUAUGGGAUUUUUAGACGACUUUUGUAGAUUUGGGAUCUAAAAUAAGGUAAAUUUUGUCAAAAUUUGUGAUUUUUUACGGCUUGAUGGAAAAAUCUAGUUGAUUUUAGAUUCCAUGAAGUGUUUGUGAUCUAUAACUUUGAUUUGUAAAGAAAAUUGCUGCAGUAGACUAUCAAUUUUGCCUUUUGGAUAUUGAGUUAGGCUAUGAUAAAGUUUGGAUCAGAAAUUUUGAUUGAUCGUGGAAUUCCGGGUGAAUUUGGUGCUAACAACACCAGUAGGGUCUAAUCUUUUUGUUUUUGAAAAUAACUGCGGUUUUAUGAGAAAAUCGGAUUAGAAGGAUGUUGCACUUGACAUUAGUAAUGAUUUGUACCAUACAGAAUGGGUGAUGUUAUUUAUGUGUGUGAAUUUGUGCUAAAAGGGAUGUUUGUGAUCUAAAUUUAUUGUUGAGAAAGAGUCGUUUUUUAUGAGCCCAAAAUUUUGUCAGUUGUAUGUUAUUUUAGACAUUUAUAUCCAAAAAUUUUAUGGAACUGGGACGAUCGGGGAAAAAGACGAUUGGGGAAACCGAAAAGUAUUAUUUUUCUUCGAUGCAAGUCGAAAUUGGGAUAAUCGAGGGUGAUGAUUUCGAAAAUGACAUUUUUUUAUCUUUACUUUUUUCCUUAAAAGACGAUUUUUGGCUCGCUGCGUCAGCCAAUACGAGGGGCCGGACAUUCAAAAAUUUUUUUUUUGAGUUUUUUGCCCUAAAAUGUUGGUAUAGGUCACAAAAACAAAUUCCCAAAAUUUUUUUGCCCAGUGAUGCCCGGAAGGUAGAAAUUUGCAUACGGUUAUAAUCGUCCUUCUGAGCUCUGCUGUUGCCGUCGCAAUAAAGACAACUUGACGAAACCGACCCCGCAUGGGUUUUGGCGGACGGCGAAUUCAAAAAUCGCAAUUUAAAGUUCGUAGGAUUACUGUAACAUACAGUUUUUGACCUUCGGUCGAUAAAAAUCGACCGUAUCUCCUUCAAAUCAAAAAUCCCACAAGAUUUUAUUGCAGAUUCGGAAUCAGCGUAAAAUUCUGGUCUAGAAACAUGUAAUUUGCAUCCUUGAUUCCGUGGCAGAUAAAUCAUGGCGCAGUGGGUUUUGACGAAAACUAGUAAUCUGACGACCCUGGUUCGAUCCCCGCUGGAGACAAAUCUUGUAAAAAAUGUGAAAAUGACAUUUAAUGGAAUUAUGAGGGUUAUAUGAGCAACGCUGAGUAUUUUUAGACAUCAAUGAAACAUGAAUUUGAGGUUAGAACAGGGUUUAUAUUAUUUUAGUCUCGGAAUCCGUGAAAAAUAAAACUGCUUCAAACGGCCUGAAAUUGAUAACACCUAUUCUAGGCCUAAUUCUUAGAAACUUUUACGUUAACUUUUUUUUUGUUAGAUUACUGUAACGUGGAUUACGGUAACAUAAAGCCCAAUUUUGUUUUUUCAUACCACAAGGCGCAGAGCCAUCGGAAUAUCACGAAGAUUGUAGGAAUGGUUAAGAACGAGUGGGUUUGCGCAUUAAUAGUUCGUUUAUGGCCGUACGUUUUAAAAUACCUGAGUUAUCUAACACAAUAUCACCAAUGGAUGGUGCGAUUAAUUCGGACUGAAAAUGAGUUAGAAUUGCAUUUUAAAUAUGAGGCAUGCCCGCUUUCUGCCGUUUGAAUAGCAUAGCCAAAAAAAUUUUUUAAUUUUGUGCGAAAAUUUUGAAGAAAUCGCCUUUAAGGAGGCCGAGCUUUUUGCUGCCGUAAUCCACGUUACAGUAAUCUAACAAAAACCAGUUAACUUAAAAGUUUCUAAGAAUUAGGCCUAGAAUAGGUGUUAUCAAUUUCAGGCCGUUUGAAGCAGUUUUAUUUUUCACGGAUUCCGAGACUAAAAUAAUAUAAACCCUGUUCUAACCUCAAAUUCAUGUUCCAUUGAUGUCUAAAAAUACUCAGCGUUGGUCAUAUAACCCUCAUAAUUCCAUUAAAUGUCAUUUUCACAUUUUUUACAAGAUUUGUCUCCAGCGGGGAUCGAACCAGGGUCGUCAGAUUACUAGUUUUCGUCAAAACCCACUGCGCCAUGAUUUAUCUGCCACGGAAUCAAGGAUGCAAAUUACAUGUUUCUAGACCAGAAUUUUACGCUGAUUCCGAAUCUGCAAUAAAAUCUUGUGGGAUUUUUGAUUUGAAGGAGAUACGGUCGAUUUUUAUCGACCGAAGGUCAAAAACUGUAUGUUACAGUAAUCCUACGAACUUUAAAUUGCGAUUUUUGAAUUCGCCGUCCGCCAAAACCCAUGCGGGGUCGGUUUCGUCAAGUUGUCUUUAUUGCGACGGCAACAGCAGAGCUCAGAAGGACGAUUAUAACCGUAUGCAAAUUUCUACCUUCCGGGCAUCACUGGGCAAAAAAAUUUUGGGAAUUUGUUUUUGUGACUUAUACCAACAUUUUAGGCCAAAAAACUCAAAAAAAAAUUUUUUGAAUGUCCCCGGCUGACGCAGCGAGCCAAAAAUCGUCUUUUAAGUAGUACUGUAAAGUAGAAAUUUUUUGAUUUUUUCUUGAUAAAUACUCGAUUUGGGGGUUUCGAUGGUGCUGCUUUCAAAUCAGAAAAAAUGAAUAAGAUUUUCGAAAUCAGCACCAUCGAAAUCCCACAAACAUAAGUAUUUGUGAAAAAAAUUCAAAAAAUUACUAUUAUACUUUACAGUACUACUAAAAGAAAAAAGUAAAGAUUGAAAAAAUGAAUGUCAUUUUCGAAAUCAGCACCCUCGAUUAUCCUAAUUUCGACAUUUCCAUCGAAGAAAAAUAAUACUUUUCGGUUUCCCCAAACGUCCUUUUCCCCGAUCGUCCCAGUUCCAUUAAAUUUUUUGGAUAAAAAUGUCUAAAACCACAUUCAACUGACAAAGUUUUGGGCGCAGAAAGAACAACUCUUUCUAAACAAUAAAUUUCGACCAGAAACAUCGCUUUUAGCAUAAAUUCAUAAACAUAAAUAACAUCACUCAUUCUGUAUGGUACAAAUCAUUACUAAUGUCAAGUGCAACAUCCUUCUAAUCCGAUUUUCUCCAUAACCGCAGUUAUUUUCAAAAACAAAAAGAUUAGACCCCACUGCAGUUUUUAAUACCAAAUUCACCCACAAUUCUACGAUCAAUCAAAAAUUCUGAUCCAAACUUUGUCAUAGCCUAACUCAAUAUCCAAAACGCAAAAACUGAUAGUCCACCGCAGUAAUUUCCUUUCCAAAUCAAAACUUUAUACCACAAACACUUCAUGGAAUCUAAAAGGAACUAAAAUGAACAUUACUCAUAUCAAGUGCACCAUCCUUCUAAUCGUCCAUCUCCGAAAUUUUAUGUCUUUGGUUUUAAAAUAAUGAAGGCUUGAAUGAUUAUCAAUAUUUUCAGCAAUGCCUGGACGCCAUUGGAAUCCGACCAAUGGGAAAGAAGCGGGCCAUCGAACUCCUCACCCAAGCCUUUGAUUUUACCCAUCCCUCGUCUGAUUAUGGAACCCCAACCAAAGCUGAUGUCUUCAAACGAAUGCAGGCUGUAGAACAAGCCAAGCAAGAGAAAUUGGCAAAGAAAAAAGCGCCGAAAAUGAAAUUCCCAGCGAAUUCAGCGACAACUUCGGUAAAUCCGACGAUUUCAUCGACGGAACCCUCGGUUGAUGAGGUUUUCACGAACCCAGCGAACGAUCGAAAGAGGGAUGUGAAUGAUUUGGCGAAGAUUUUCUUGGAUUGGCUGCGAAAAGAGGAGAAUUCGGAGGUUUAUAAUCAACUGCUCACCUUGAACACGAUUUUGUUUGUAAGUUUGGGAAAGUUUGAAAAUUUUGAUUGGAGUUUUUGGUGGGAACUUGUUGAAGAUGGAUUUUUAUGAGAGAUGGAGGACUUUUUUUUAUUUUUGAGGUGAUUGGACAGUAAAUUCGAGGGGUGAAACACGGAAUUUGGAGGGAAAGGCUUUGUGUCAUGUGUUUCUCUGAGAUCAAAGUUGUUAAAAAAAGUUGUAAAAUACGAUAGGUCUCGUGUAAAUUUUCAAACGAUAAAAUUAAUUUUGCCAUAUACAUUAUUUAUACAAAGUAGUCGACCAUUUCAGGAUGAUUUACUCUACAAAUUCGCUCCAGUAAUGUCCGAACAGCGGAUUGCGAAAAGCGCUUUCCUCAAGGUCCUGGAUCGUCUGCAUAUCACAUAUUCGGAUCGAAAACAGAAUGGACGGCAUUAUUAA